AUGGGUACCAUGGCUAAAGCGACCACGAUCAAAGAGGCUCUGAAAAGGCUCGAGGAUCGCACCAAAACGAACUCUUGUGACGAAAAAGAGAUUGACCUAUGCUUUCAGUGGCCACCGAUAGAAAAGAUGGACACUACCUUUUCCACGCUAACGGCAUGCCAAAAACUAUCCCUUUCCACGAACAUGAUCGACAAAAUCUAUGGUUUAAGUGGAAUGAAAAAUUUACGUGUCCUAUCGCUGGGCCGUAACUACAUCAAGGCCAUUUCCGGUCUUGAAGGAGUCAGUGAUACGCUCGAGGAGCUGUGGAUUAGUUACAACCUGGUCGAGAAGCUGAAAGGCAUCAGCGUGCUGAAGCGUCUGAAGGUGCUGUACAUGAGCAACAAUCUCGUUAAGGAUUGGGUAGAGUUCAACCGAUUGGCCGACCUGCCGAUGCUGGAGGAUCUACUGUUUGCCGGCAAUCCGCUGGUGGAAUCAAUGGAAGAAAGCAUCUGGAGAGCAGAAGCGAGCAAGCGGUUGCUUUCGUUGAAAAAGCUAGACGGAGAAACGGUUAUCCGGGAGGAGACAGAAAACGCGAAUCAGGCCGGUGCAGGAGUGCCAGAGAAGUAA